AUGCCCCCACCCUCGGUCUUCCGCGGGCCAGACGCACAGCACUAUGCCCUCGUCCACCGCUCCCAGCGAGACCCGCUCCUCAACGACCCCGACGCCAGCGCCCACGUCCUCCACCCGGUCCAGCGCCAGAACGACGCCCACAAGCAGCGCAAGAAAAAGGGCCUCACCCGGCACGAGCUAGAGGCCUCCCUCGGCGACGGCCCAGCCACCAUCCGGCCCAAUGUUGGCGAGGCAUCCAUGUACGCGAUCUACUACGACGACUCGGAGUACGACUACAUGCAGCAUCUCAAGCCCGUCGGCCUGGCCAAGGAUGCCGUCCUGCUCGAGAAGCCAUCGACCACCACCACCAAACCUGGCCAGCCCAUCGAGCUGCGCGCCCACGACGGCCCCUCGCAGCCCGCCCUGCGUCUGCCGGACUCGGUCCAGCCCACCCCAACCGAGCAGAUGCUGUCCUACCAGGACCAUCUCACCUACGCCCUCCCCGCCCACUCGGCCAUCCCCGACGACGGCCUCCUGCCCCUCGACGACGACCCUGCCCUGCGCGAGGUCCUCGAGGCGCUCGACGACGAGGCCUAUGUGGACGAGCUGGCCGCCGGCGACGAGUUCUUCGGGACCAUCGUCAGGGACGGCGAGCGCCCGCCCGACGAGCCCCCCGCCUGGAUCGAACAGCCCCAACAGCCCGCGUCCCAAUGGGAAGCCGAAAUGGCCCGCUUCAUCCCCGCACUCUCCUCAUCCAGGAACACCCCGCUCGACGACGCCGCUUCGUCCGCCGCAUCCCCCCGCCAGCCCACCACCUCCUCCAAACAGCCCCGAUCGUCCCUGAGAUCCGUCCCUCCCUCCGCCCGCGGCAGUCUCGCUGGCUCUGCGUUCAGCAUGAGCAGCUCGGCCAUGUACCGCAACCAAGGCCUGACCGACCUCGACGACCGAUUCGACCAAAUCGAGAAGGAGUACGAGUCGUCGGACACAGAGUCCGAGGGGGGCUCGGAGGCCUCGAACGCCACCGCGACGCCCGGGCCGCCCGUGCGGGCCGACUUCGAGGAGAUCAUGGACGACUUCCUCGGCCGCUUCGAGCUCCUCGGCGGCAAGAUGAAGCCCGUCAUGCCCGGCACCACGCCCCUCGACAAGCUCGACACCCUCCGCUCCGAGCUCCUCGGCCCCGCCGCCCAGCCCGACACCCUCCGCGAACGCCGCGCCGUCAAGGAGCAGAUCCUCGCCCACCUCAAGGCCGACCAACAGGCCCACGACGCCCGGCCCUCCCAGGCCGCCGCCAGGGACCGAUACUCCACCCUCGAGCGGGACGAUCCCCAGGACAAGUGGGACUGCCAGACCAUCCUGUCUACGUAUUCCAACCUCGACAACCACCCGCGAGUCAUCAGGAUCAGGGACGCCAUCGGCGCCCCCGAGCGCACCCCCCGGGACCAAGCCCCCGGCGCGCGCGUCCAGCCGACGAUCGGCAUCGACAGGGCCACCGGGUUCCCCGUCGUCAACGGCAACGUCGUCAACGGCCACCCGUCCGCCGUGCAGGACCCGGACGACGAGGCCAGCGAUGGCGAUAGCUCUGACUCGGCCCGCGAGACGCUCACGCGCGACCGCAACGAAGCCCCCGCGACCAAGCGGGCCCGCAAGGCCGCGCUUAAGGCCGACCGCGCCGCCCGGAGACAGCUCAAGAAGACGACCACGCGCACGUUCGCCCUGCUCAAGAACGCCCAGGACCGCCGCGCGGCCCGCGUCGCGGCCAGGGCCGCCGACGUCGCGGGCAACGGCGGCCGCGCCGUCGUCGCGCUCCUCUAG